AUGAUCUUCUCUACAGCUUCCACUUUCCUUCUCUUUUUCUUCUCUCUUUGUUUUCACAUUGCCAAUGCGGCCAAUUUUAAUAUCCACAACAACUGUCCGUUCACCGUCUGGGCUGGUGCAACUCCCGGUGGUGGCCGGCAGCUAAAUUUCGGUGAAACCUGGUCUUUAGAUGUUGCACCUGGCACAUCAACAGCUCGUAUAUGGCCCCGUACCAACUGCAACUUUGAUGGGUCUGGUCGAGGCAGUUGUCAGACCGGUGACUGCAACGGCCUCCUCCAAUGCCAAGCUUUUGGUAAAACGCCCAACACAGUGGCUGAAUACGCUCUUAAUCAGUACAUGAAUUAUGAUUACUUCGAUGUUUCUGUUAUCGAUGGGUUCAACCUGCCAAUGGAAUUUAGCCCGACGUCCGGUGGGUGCACUAGCAGCAGCAAAUGCAUUGCCGAUAUCAAUGGCCAGUGCCCUGACGUGUUAAGGACACCCGGUGGGUGCAACAACCCAUGCACGGUGUUCAAGAACCAAAAAUACUGUUGUUACACAGAGGAUUGUGGGCCGACUGAAUAUUCAAGAUUUUUUAAAGAUCGGUGUCCUGAUUUUUUAAGCUACAAGAAUGACAGAACUGGCACAUUUUCAUGUCCUGGUGGAACCAAUUAUAGGGUUGUCUUUUGUCCUUGA